AUACUUUACCUUUGUUCUAAAUCUUGUUUUCCUGAUUCUGGGCUUGUUGUUGUUGGCAAGUGGAACUGUACUGCAUGCAGUUUACAGAAACUACCUCAGUUAUUUCGGUGAGGAAGUGAAUUUCCCUUUAAUUCUUCUCCUUUGUGGAAUCCUUAUCUCUGGUUUGGCCUGGCUCGGCUGCUGGGGUAGUAUUAGGGAGGAACCAAGCAUAACAUGUCUGUAUACUGGACUAUUGACCGCCAUUUUCUCUAUGGAGGUCGUCAUCGGUCUUGUCGCAUAUCAUACAAAGGACAAGUUGAUGGAAUGGCUGGAGAAGAACCUGGUGGCAGGGAUGGAAAACUUCCAGAAGACAGGAUUUGGAGGAGUCACGGAAACAUGGAACGUUAUUCAACAUGAGCUUGGAUGCUGCGGGGUGAGAAACUAUAGAGAUUGGGAGAAUACAUCGCUUCUCCAGAGAGCCAGUGUUCCUGACUCAUGUUGUUUAUCUGAUGUUGUUGGAUGCGGUUCCGGGAUCCUUAAACUAUACCAAGAUCAGGCAAGCUUGAGAAUCCAUACCACCGGUUGCAUCACACCCCUGUAUCAGAUAUUUGAGGAGAAUAUUGUAUAUUUCUAUACAAUAGCUUCAAUACUUCUCUUCAUACAGAUAUUUGCAAUUAUUUUUGCAAUCUUUUUUGGCAACACUGUCAAGAAAGGAUUGGAGCAUGUUUAGAGGAGAAAUCUGUUUCAGCUGUCGACAAACAUAGUUUUAAGAUGUCGAUGAAAAAAAACACUAUCGGACCUGUUCCCAAAGCAUGAAAAACAUUAAAAAUGUGUUAAAUGAUUUAAAUACUUACCUAAGUAAAAAUGCAGAAAUUGCAGAAAUAUAGAUGACAUUCUUCAGACCUUCAUGGCAAUUGUCAAUUUGUGUCGCUACUUAUUAGACAAAAUGGUUAAAAAAAAUGUUACUUGUGACAGAGGACAAGUUUUUGUUCAUAUUAAGACAUGUAAAGUAUGUAGUUUACGGCUCCUUAUUCCAUGUUAAGCCAAGUGUAAGCCAUAUUACGUGAAGUAAAAGUUUCCAUCGUGUAUUUAAGCGAAGGGGAACUGUAAGUGUUAGUUCAAGUAACCCACUAUGUGUAAAGUGUCAUGUGCGAAUUACAACAAUAUUCGUUAGGCCUUUUUCUGGGAUAAACUAAUGAAAUUUUCCCUCUUUUUCUUUUUUAAAUUAAUUUUUGCGAGUUCUCUUAAAAGUCGCUUAAGAGGAUUAAAACAUUAGGAGUAUAUAAUUGUCAGAAUUUAACAUUUUAAGGGGUAUCUUUGUGCAUAGGGCAUGCCAACCCAUAAUAAAAGAUCAGUUUAAACAUCGUCUACAUUUCCUGUAGUGACAAGCAAAAUACCUUUUAUUAUAAUUAUUUCCAACCUUAUACAAUAUAAUAUAAAAGUAUACCAACUGUGUUAAAUAUUUGUUGAUAUUCGUAAUCCAAGAUCAUAGCUGCGACCUAAUUAAUAAUUUUGUAAAUAAAAUUGUAAAAAUACAUUUGCAGUUGCAAAAAAAAAUAUCAAACAGAAAAUGAUUAAAUUGAGAUUGGUAAAAAGUGUUUAAAUAUUCACUAUUUGAUCAAAUAUUGAUUUGCAUAGAAUAAAUGAGGCAAAAGGUAAGGAGUAAGGGUUGUUGACAUGAAUAGCUCUAUUUUAUUGUAAACAAGGCCAGGCUUGUAUUUUCUUGACAAAAUAAGGGCCGGCAUGGAUUGUUUACAAUAAAACUGGUUCUUCAGCAUGUUUUAAAACGUCACAAAGCAAUUUUAGACACUACGCAACAUCUAAAUCUCCCACUCCUGCUGUUGUAAAUCUCCCACUCCUGCUGUUGUAAAUCGGUUUGGAUCGUUUUUUGCAAAUAUUUUCUCUUAGGAUCAAAAUUUGACAUAGUUAAGAAAAGCAAAGAAUUGAGAAUUUGCCACAAACUAACAUUUUCCAACCCGUAUUUCAUUACAACCUGAUGGUGCAAUUUAGCAAACCCUUAAUAUUUCAAACUUUGGUUAUUUAAUCUAAU